CCGACGCCGCUACCCCCACCACCGCCGGCGCCGGCACCUACAAGUAGAGCGACGCCAGCGCCGGCUCGCAGUCGCGCAGCCGCCGCCUCCCUGCUCGCACAUCGCCGCCUCUGCCUGCAGAUGGCGUUCUCACCGAUGUAGCUACUCGCAUGUCCAAUUUCAUUCCAGGUUGUCAGCAUGGAGGCGUAGACAAUGCCGUCAGCGCGGCUGCCUGGACUACCCAACCAGGUCGCCUCAGGAAGGGGUAAAGACGACCAACGAGGUCAGCCUGCCAAUUCGCCGGAUGGAUUAUCACCAACAAUCUCAGGAGAGGCCUCCCACCGGCACGACGCCGUACGAACGAUUGGUCCGAGCCCAACAACAGGAUCAUAAAUGGCAGUCGGAGGUGAGCCUGGGGAAGCGCAUAGGUUUCUACCGCAUCCGCGGGGACCUGGGAAGCGGAAACUUCUCCCAGGUCAAGAUGGCCGUGCAUCAACUCACCAGAGAACGAGUUGCUAUCAAGAUACUGGACAAAUCUAAACUGGAUCAAAAGACAAGGAAAAUGCUUGCACAUGAGAUCACCACAAUGGAGGCUAUUCAUCACCCGAAUGUCAUCCGGCUGUACGAGGUUGUGGAGACGUACAGCCGGCUGCACCUGGUGAUGGAGUACGCCGGUGGAGGUGAACUCUUCAACAAAAUCACCAGUGCAGGCCGCAUCCCGGAAGAGGAGGCCAGUCCACUAUACGCCCAGAUCGUCGCAGCAGUCGCCUUUAUGCAUGAUAACAACUUUAUUCAUCGAGAUAUCAAAGCGGAAAACGUGUUCUUCUCAUCACCAGGAGUUGUAAAAUUGGGAGAUUUCGGCUUCAGCACGCAGCUUACUGCAGGCCGAGAGCAGCAGCUGACGACUUUUUGCGGAUCACCACCAUACGCGGCGCCGGAGCUGUUCCGCGAUGAGUCGUACGUGGGCGCGCCCGUCGAUACAUGGGCGCUCGGCGUGCUGCUGUUCUUCAUGGUGACGGGGCAGAUGCCUUUCAAGGCGCACACCGUCGCUGCGCUGAAGAAGCAGAUACUCGACUGUAACUACAGCGUGCCGCCAUUCGUCUCACCAGCCUGCAAGCAGCUCAUAGUGGGCAUCCUGCAGCUGGAGCCGACGUCCCGCCUCUCGCUGCAGAGCGUCAGCGAGUCGGAGUUCCUACGCGGCGUGCGCAUGCCCCGAUCGGCAGAGGUCGCCGCAGCCGCAGCCUCCGGCGACUCGGACGCCGGCGGCGACCACGAGCUGCAGGCGCUGGAGAAGCUGGAGGAACUGGGCAUCUCGCGAGACCUCCUGGACGAGCACCGCGACCGCGGGAGCAAGAGCGCCGUCGUGGGCACCUACCGAAUCUUGCUGCACCGCCUGGAGCGGCGGGCCGCCUCCGCGCCGCCCGACGCGCAGUCGCUCGCCGCCGACGACGCGGAGGACGGCGCCGCCGGCUCCAGCGGGGGCGGCGUGGGCGCGCUCGCCGCCAGACUGCGCUCCGGUGGCUUACGCGCGCGCACGCGCAAGUCGGCCCGCAGCGGCACCAGUCAGUCCCGCGCCUGUGCGCUCCUCUGAGCGGCGUUCCGCUCUUCGUUUCUUGUACGAAAUUGAGAAACAGAAACAAAUCUCUGAGUAUUUUUGCAUAUUAAAUGUUGGAUGUUGACAACAGAAUUCCUCCGAGAAAUACAAUAAAGAGACGCUACCUACACAAAAAUAUAGUGCAAUAACUCCUGCUAGAAGCAUACCACAUUCAUAUGCAUUCUGAAAGUUGAAGUCUUGUCGAUGGAACCACUUCCUACUGUCAAUUCCAUGCUGUUCUCA